GACGUCGCCAACGUGACCGCCGAGCCCACAGUGUUCGGAACAGUUCGUCAGAUGAAAGGCCCGCCGUUCUGGAUGAAAGAUCUGCUGGCAGAGGUUCGUGGCAUGAAUGCAGGCAUCGCGAAGAUGGAGCAGUCCAUGAUUCUGGAGAUUCGCGAUUUCCGAUCCGCAUUGCAGACGCACGACUCCAACCCGCGCAGCGUCCACACUCGGUUGACCGAGGUGGAGCGCGUGUGCCAGAAGACUGUCACUGAAGCCGUUGCCGCCGCCAUAGAUGUCCAGCUCGAGGGCAUCAAGCAAGAGCCGAAUGAGUUGAAGGAGCCUCCAUCGAGUGGUGCCAGUUUUGCGUCGACACGCACAGGGCCGAGCACUGUGCCGCAGCCGCGUGGAGGAGGCCAGGCGCCGACCAACCCGCUCGUGCGGUUCGCGGGCACCUUCCCCCGCCCUGUGCACCAGACGGCGCGCGAGGCGCACUGCCAACAUCUCUUGAACGCCAACCAGAUUCUGUUGCAGGACGUAGAGCCGAUCUUUCACAAGGCCGCUCAGAACUACAAGCUGCGCCAGAUCAGUCGUGUCUACCAGCCGACCUUGGGCCGCCUGAAGGCGCACCCUGAGUGCACAUGCGAGUGCAAGCGAGGAGUGAACGGAUUCAAAGGUAAAGUGAUGCCCGUCACGCCUCGCGGCAUCUACACCAUCGUGAAGACUGCGAAGCGUUCGGCUCACGUCGGGGAGCGCGUCGCCGUCCAGGAGGAGCUCAACUUGUGGAACUUCAACGCCGACGAGAUCCAGCGCCGCUUCAACGCCGCCUACACCGCUGCCCAGCUGGAGC